AUGCUGCUGAAUCCUGAAUAUAUCGAGCUUUCCAGCUUUGAUCCCGGAGCUCAAGGGGUAAAUCGUGAAUCGUCAGCGUCUCCCCUGUUCAAUUUGACUCCAAGACAAGUUGGACUUGUUCUUUCAAGACUAGGCGUUAUCAGUGAGGACAAUUUAAAGGACAACGAAGAUCAAUUUACACCAGAAGCUUGGAACAUACCGCCCGAGUCUGAGUAUAUGCUCAAUAAGAUUAAUGAUUUAUCCACGGAUAAGGCAAUUGGGAUACUUCGUGAUGCGAUUGUAGAACACCGAGGUGAUGUUAAUUUUCUUCAUGAGGAUUACCUCCUACUUGAGAGACUUGUACAUUCAGCACCAGUGGAAGAAUCUUCAUCAAGUGACAAGAUAGAUGUAGAUGAAGUAUCUGAAACUCAGAUCCAGGAAGAAUUUCAAACUUUUUUGAAAAGUUCAAAACAUAAACAAUAUCUUAAAAUCGUCGAUUGGAAUUUGCAAGUUCGCUUGGAAGCUGCUUUGAUUGCAUACCACUCACCAUAUCCUGAAAUCAGGGCAAUCACAGACCCUUACGAUGAUCCAAGUAUACCUGUGGACACGUUUAGAGUGUAUGCAAUUGGAUUAUUUUGGACUUUAAUUGGAUCCAUCGUGAAUAAUUUCUUUGUCCAUAGACUUCCCUCAAUACGAUUAGGGCUGCAUACCAUUCAAUUACUUUUAUAUCCUAGUGGGAAGCUUUGGGAGAAGGCAAUCCCCUAUCAUACUUCAAUUCGACUAUUCGGCUAUGACAUAGAUUUGAAUCCUGGUCCAUGGACUUAUAAAGAGAUGAUGUUGAGCACCAUCAUAUAUCUGGGGGCUCUGGGCACACCAUACCUGGUAUACAACAUUGUUGUUAUGAAACUUGAUCGUUUUUACGGAUUGAAAUGGGUAUCCUGGACUUUUCAAAUCUUACUUGCUCUUUCUACACAAUGCCUUGGGUUUGGGUUUGCAGGAAUCAUGCGGAAAGUUUGCAUUUAUCCAGCUAAGGCAUUAUGGCCAACUAUUCUUCCAACUAUAGCAUUGAACAGAGCAUUGAUGAAAUCUGAAGUCACUGGUAGUGAUGCACCAAUAUAUGGAUGGAAAAUUUCAAGAUAUUCAUUCUUUUGCAUUGCAUUUUUGGGAUCAUUUUUUUAUAACUGGAUCCCAGCAUAUUUUUUCAAAGCCUUAUCUACAUUUAAUUGGCCAACAUGGUUCAAUCUGAAACUGGUCCAUCUCACAAAUAUAACGGGAUCACUUGAAGGGUUGGGUUUAAACCCAUUUCCAUCUUUGGAUUGGAAUAUUCUUGAAGGUGCGGGCUGUUUGACUAUUCCAUUCUAUACAUAUGCCAAUCAAUAUUUAGGGUCAUUAUUAGCAUUCGGAGUUAUUCUAAUUGUUUAUUAUACAAAUACUAGCUGGACUGGAUAUUUAAAAAUUAAUUCUAAUCAAUUGUUCAAUGACAAAGGUGACGUUUUCAAAGUACAUGAUAUCUUAGAUGAUAAUAACCAUUUCGAUAAUGGGAAAUAUCAGAAAGUUGGACCACCAUAUUUCAGUGCAGCAAAUUUAGUAUUAUAUGGAGCAUAUUUUUGUCUUUAUCCAUUUGCAAUUUUAUAUCAUGUUGCUACAGAAUGGGAGUCAAUGAAAUCUGGUUUUGUCAAUACUUGGAAAUCUUUAACUAAUUUUAGAAAAUCAGACAAUAUUUUUGGAAGAGAUUUCAAUGAUCCACAUUGUAAAAUGAUGGCUAAUUACGAAGAAACUCCAAAUUGGUGGUUUACGAUGAUUCUACUUCUUAGUACAUUGUUUGCCCUUUUAUGUGUUACAUUAUAUCCAACUGAAACUCCAGUGUGGGGUAUAUUUUUUACUAUCGGUAUUAACUUUUUAUUUUUAAUUCCUCUAACUACAAUUGCAUCGGUGACUGGAUUUAGUUUUGGGUUGAAUGUAUUAGUUGAACUUAUUGUUGGAUAUGCAAUUCCAAAUUCUGGAUUGGCUUUAGUUACUUUAAAGGCGUAUGGAUAUAAUAUCGAUUCACAGGCAAGUAACUAUAUUACGGACCAGAAACUUGCUCAUUAUACAAAACUCCCUCCUAGAGCUAUUUUUAAAGGACAAUUGAUGGCAACUCUAUUGAAUGUUUUUGUUGCACUUGUGGUAACCAAUUGGCAAUUAGAGAACAUUGAAGAUUUUUGCGAUCCACAUCAAAAAGAUAAAAUGACAUGUCCAGGGGAUACUACAUAUUUCUUUUCCAGUGUUCAAUAUGGAGUUAUUGGACCAUCUAAAGUGUUUAGUGGGUUAUAUCCUAUUUUGAAAUGGUGCUUUUUACUUGGGGCAAUUCUAGUAAUUCCUUGUGCAUGGUUUAAAAAAUAUGGACCACCUAAAUUUACCCGUUAUUUCCAACCUACAAUUAUUAUUGGAGGAUUUUUACUUUAUGCCCCAUACAAUAUGCUGUACUUUACAGGAGGUUUUUACCUUUCGUAUAUUUUCAUGUAUCAUAUCAAAAAGAAUUAUCUUGCGUGGUGGGAAAAGUACAAUUAUGUAUUAACAAGUGCCCUUUCAGCUGGUGUGGCAGUAAGCGCGUUAAUGAUCUUUUUUGUGGUUCAAUACAGCCAUGCAAGUUUACACUGGUGGGGAAAUGAAAUCAAUACACUUGGUGUUGAAGGUGGUCAUGGAAUUACCACUUGGUUACCAGUGCUGACCUCUCCAGAUGGAUAUAUAGGUUUAAGAAAGGGUCAUUUCCCGUAG